GUGCUUCCCAUUAUUUCAACAUUAGUUUAUGAGUAUUAGAACAUUCUUCGAAUUAGAAAUCAUUCAAUUCAAUAUCUCUAAUCUCAGAUUUGUUUUCUUUUUUGGUGCAAGUAGGCGGCCGUUCCUGUUAUUGAUUUUUGCUAGUUAGGGAGGAUUAUAUAUAUGUGUAUUGUACAUUCCCUGCAUAAAGUAGUGCACUUCUAUUUCAAUUCAGAUCCCAGUUCCUGUUAUGUUUUGGGAAUAUUUGAGUACCUAUUGUUGAUAUGGGAAAGUAAUUUCAUAUUGCUUUUGUUUUUUCAUUUACACUAGAGAUCUAGACCAGUUUCCUGAGUGAAAAUGCCUGUCCCAGCAUCUGCAGCCGAAAAUGGUGCCCCUAGAAGUGAACUACAAGAAUUACAACUCAAAGCCGGACAAGUUACUGAUGAGUCUUUGGAAAGUACGAGGCGCAUGUUGGCACUAUGUGAAGAGAGUCACGAAGUUGGCAUGAAGACCCUGGUCAUGCUGGAUGAACAGGGCGAACAAUUGGACCGAAUUGAGGAUGGCAUGGAUCAAAUCAAUACCGACAUGAGAGAAGCAGAAAAAAAUCUAACGGGGAUGGAAAAGUGUUGUGGACUCUGCGUUUUACCUUGCCAGAAAGGCUCUUCGUUCAAGGAGGACGAGGGCACGUGGAAGGGCAACGACGACGGCAAGGUGGUGAACAACCAGCCGCAGCGCAUGAUGGACGAGCGCAACGGAGCGGGGCCGCAGGGCGGCUACAUCGGCCGCAUCACCAACGACGCCAGAGAGGACGAGAUGGAGGAGAACGUCGGGCAGGUGAACACGAUGAUUGGCAACCUGCGCAACAUGGCCAUCGACAUGGGGUCGGAGCUGGAGAACCAGAACCGGCAGGUGGACCGCAUCAAUCUCAAGGGCGAAAGCAACGAAACGCGCAUAGCAGUGGCCAACCAGCGUGCCAACAAACUCCUCAAGUCCUAAGGAGGCACGGAACGAAGCGCCCUUUUAUACUCCUUUCUCAAUUCUCGAUGUUUACAGCUUACUAGUUUUUACUGUUCAAGUAAUAUAUUCGUACUUAGUAUAAGUUGGAAAUCAGACCGAGAGCGCUAUAGGAAAAGUGCAAGUGACGAUGUGAGGGGUAAGACAACUUGAGAUUUUGGAUUUUUUGACAUUCAUUGCAAACUAGUUAAAUUGAUUAUAUAAUGACAGUACUAUUGAAUUAUACAGGGUGAGUCAUAACUAUUGCAAAUAUGCGUCAAUAAAAUAUUGCUGUUCAAAAUGAUACAGGGCAUUCAAUCGAAAAAGUAUUUGCUAUAAACUCGCACCAAAAUUCAUCCCCUGAGAAGAAAUUCAAUUCACCAGUAAUAAUUAUCUGACUGUCCAAAGCACACUCUUAAUAAUCAUUCACGUGGCGCCCCUUGUAACAAACCGUAGAAUACAUAAAAUAAUAUUCCCUAUA